AUGAAGCACCAAUUUUCUAAGAUUUCUUCUGUUGAAACCAUUGCUGCCCCCAUGCCCUGCAUCACGCAGCUCAUCCAAGACAAGAUUGAUGAGUUUGAGAGAAUGGGAUCUGAAGAUGCAUUCUGUGUAGGCGACAUGGGUGACGUCAUCAAGAAGUUCAACACAUGGAAAGAACUGCUGCCCCGCGUUGAGCCAUUUUAUGCUGUGAAAUGCAACUCUGACAACGUUGUUCUGAAAACUUUGGCUGAUUUGGGGGCAGGAUUUGACUGCGCCAGCAAGGGUGAAAUUUCACAAGUGAUGAAACUUGGUGUGGAGGCAUCUCGCAUAAUUUAUGCCAACCCUUGCAAGCAGAAGUCGUUUGUCAAGUAUGCAGCAAAGCAUCAAGUAGAGAUGAUGACUUUUGAUAACGAAGCAGAACUCAUCAAGGUCAGGGAGAUAUUCCCUCACGCCAAGCUUGUUCUCCGCAUCCUUCCAAUUGCACAAGUCAAAGUUCAGUGCCAGCUGGGCAAUAAGUUCGGCUGUCACCCCAACAAUGUGCACAAGCUCCUGCAGAGAGCCAAGGAACUUGGGGUGGAUGUCAUGGGCAUCAGCUUCCAUGUUGGCAGUGGUGUCGGCGAAGCCAAAGCUUUUGCUUUUGCAGUAAAACAGGCGUAUGAUGCCUGGCAGAUUGCAACAGAGCUGGGGUUCAAGAUGACCCUUCUGGAUAUAGGAGGUGGAUUCCCGGGACAGUCCAAUGCUCCCAUUACUUUCACUGAAAUUGCUGCUGUAGUAAACGAGGCCCUGGACACAUACUUCCCACAUGAUGAUAGUGUGCGUAUAAUUGCCGAACCUGGCAGGUACAUGGUGGCCUCAGCAUUCACUCUGGCGGUGAAUAUUAUCGCCAAGAGGAGCAUUACUCCGGACGUCCCCGAUGUUGAUGGGAACACACCGCAGGCUGCCUCCCACAUGUACUAUGUCAACGAUGGUGUUUAUGGGUCAUUCAACUGCAUCAUGUACGACCACGCUCACCCGGAACCUCGCGUCAUCUCAGACUCUCCAGACAGAUUUGUUUCCUCCAUCUGGGGCCCUACCUGUGACGGCCUUGACUGCAUCGUCCAUGAGUGCAAACUGCCGGAGCUGGAAGUGGGACAGUGGAUGUACUUCUCUGACAUGGGUGCCUACACAAUAGCCGCCGGGUCCACCUUCAAUGGGAUGCCACGUCCACGGUGCUUCUACAUCUGCAGUGAUGACCUUUGGAACCAGGUACAUCCAGAACACCGUGCGCCCAAAAGACGGUGUGAAAGUCUGUCUGCGGAUGCAGACUACCCUCUGCUGAUGACUGGGCCGGAUAUGUUGACUCUGAGGGAGGCCGCUAACUCAAUCUCUUGCUGUAAUGAUGAAGAAAUUGCAUUUGCAUGA